AUGGGCAAUUUUGCGUUGAGAAAAGGCCUUGAAGAUGGGUAUUUUGUGAGUUUAGGCCCUACUUUAGGCCCAAUAAUUUAGGCCUUGGGCCCAACUAAUUUCGGCCCUUUGCAGAUUUACCCGGUCUACUCGCUUAUCUUGAGCUCUCUAUUCAUUUUGAAUAGUUGCGUUAUGACUGGUCGAUUUUCUUUGGGAUUUGAUGGAUUGUUUACGAAGGUGUUGGUUGAGCAGUUUUUGGAAUAUGAGGGGAAUCGAGAGGCGAGAUGGUUUGUUGAUACGAUACAGGUGAGAUUUUGGGGAGGGAUUCUGAUCAUUUUGAUACCGAACAUGAUCAUGUUUGGUGUCGAAAAUCUUCAAAUUUCACGGGGAAUUCGAAAAGCACUACUAGAAUUGAUGAAAGCCCAGAAUUCUGAUCAUUUUGAUACCGAACAUGAUUGGGUUAUUAUCACUGACGUCAAAAAAAAGCAAUGCAUAGUUGCAUAAAACCCAUCCUUCGUCAGUCGCGUGCGGCUGUGCGUCGCGGUCGGAAGAAAAAAUGAAUUAUCGAUUGUUUUCCGACCGCGACGCACAGCCGCACGCGACUGACGAAGUAUGGGUUUUUUGCAUUUUAUUUGAUAAAUAUCAAAAUUAUCAGAAUUCUAGGCUUACUAGUGGAUUUCAGAUGUUCUAGCAGCGAUUUUCGAAUUCCCCGUGAAGUUUGAAGAUUUUAGACACCAAACAUGAUCAUGUUUGGUAUCAAAAUGAUCAGAAUCAGAAGCCAGCGAUCACAAAUCAAUUUUCAGACGCAAUACACUUGCUGCGGUGUGCAUUCUCUCAACGAUUUCAUCGAUUUAUCAGCCAUCGAAGGCUACGACGACGCAAAAUCCAUCACUCCUCAAACGCAAAUCUUCUCAAAAUGCUCCUCAACCUGGGAAUAUUGUGCAAUUCCGCUGAGUUGUUGCAAAACGUCGACUUGCACCAACUUUGGCGCACUUUUUGAUGCAAAAGUGCAAAAAAAUGCGACGAAAAUUGCCGAGCAAUAUUUUCAUCAGCAAGGUUGCUUGACAGCUGUUUCGGAGACUUUUUGGUUCUGGAAAUUAUCCACGUGGCACAUUGUUUUUCUCGUUUUUGUGCUCGUUUUGCAUGUCGCGGCUGGAUUUUUCAUGCAGGUUUGGUUGGGUUUCUAGGCCAGGAUUUCUAGGCCAUUAUUUUUCAGCUCUCAGUUUCGGCCUACGCAUCUCUAGUAGAAUCUGGCCUUCCAGACUCGGAAGAAUCUUUCGCGUGGAUUCUGGAUUUUGGAGCUCCGCGAGCCGCCGAAAUUUGUGGAUUGAUAAAACCUGACACUCACACGGAUUCCAGCCAAAAUCCGAAGAAUUCUGAAACUCAGCCGGAAGCAGUGUCGAAAAAUCCAGGAGUUACACAGAGAAUUGCAAUGUCUAAGAAUCCAGAAACUAUAAAAUCAUCUGAAACCCAGAAAUUCGGUGCGAAAAUUCUGGGAAAACUUGGAAAUACGAUGGGAAAAGUUGAGGAAAACGAGGAACAGGAACAUUUUGGUGUUUCGACUGGAACUGCAACUGCGACCGGAACAACAACUGGAACUGAAACUUCGAAACCUUCGGCCAAGCCCAAAACUUCCAAAAAACCGAAGAAAGCUUCGAAACUCCAAAAGAAGCCGAAGAAAAAACCGAAAACCAAAAAGAAAACUGCGAAAAAGCCGACGAAAAAGAAGGAGAAACCGACGAAGAAAACGAAAAAAUCGAAAAAAUAA